ACCUCCAUGCGUGUGGUUCUAGUGGUCCCUGACCCCCCAGCAUCAGCUCUUCCUUCCAGCUCCUUGGUGGCUCUGCAGUGACUGGGAAGAAUCAGGGACCUGCUGCCGGUGGUCUGGGACAGGAGAGGAUCAGACGGUGCCAGGGUGAAGGUCUGGGGCUCCGGACACAGGCACCUCCUGCCACAACACCCCCAGCACAGGGCUGCUGAGAGCCUAGGGGCUGCAUCCAGCACUGGUCCCAGCUGUGCUGGCAGCCAGUGGGGAGCUGGUGGCACCACCAUGUCGCAGGCAGAAGGAGGCAAGGAGGAGACCUUUGAGUGCUGCCAUGUGGUCAUCAACAGCCAGGAGAAGGUCUCAGAUGUGUACACACAGCUGGAGAAACUGGGAGAGGGGAAAUUCGGGAAGGUGUACAGGCUGCAGGAAAAAGGCAGCGGCAAAGUGCGGGCUGGGAAGUACUUUCGGACGCGGACGGCCAAGGAGAAGCAGGCGGCUCGGGCUGAGGUGGAGCUCAUGAACCUGCUGCACCACCCCCGCCUGGUGCAGUGCCUCGCUGCCUUCCAGGGCCCUGCGGAGCUGGUGAUGGUGAUGGAGUACGUGGCCGGGGGGGAGCUCUUCGAGCGCAUUGUGGACGACGACUUUGAGCACACAGAGCCCAGCAGUGCCCAGUACCUGGGGCAGAUCCUGGAGGGGCUGCAGUUCAUGCACGGCCAGGCCAUCGUCCACCUCGACCUCAAGCCUGAGAACAUUGUCUGCGUCAGCCCCGGCAGCCACUGGCUCAAGAUCAUCGACUUUGGCUUGGCAAGGAAGCUGGCUCCAGACAUCCCUGUGAAGGUGCUGCAAGGCACUCCUGAGUUCAUGGCUCCAGAAGUCGUUGCCUUUGAGCCCGUGGACCUCUCCACGGACAUGUGGAGUGUUGGUGUCAUCUGCUACAUCCUGCUGAGUGGGGAGUCCCCAUUUCAGGGGGACAAUGACAUGGAGACACUGAGCAACAUCACAGCUGCCAGGUGGGACUUCGAGGAGGAGACCUUCUCGGAGAUCUCUCAGCAAGCCAAGGACUUCAUCAGUCAACUGCUGCAGAAGGACCCCCGCCGCCGCCUCUCCAGCGCAGGGGCCCUGCUGCACCCCUGGCUGCAGCGCCCCCAGGCCAGCAGCGCCAAGAUGCUGUCGAAGGAGAGGAUCAAGCAGUUCCUGACGCGCCGCAAGUGGCAGAAAACAGGCAAAGCUCUGCUGGCCCUCAACAGGCUGACCCUGCUGUCCCAGAGCCCAGGGAGGAAGGCGCCAGAGGCUCAGGAGGAGGAAGACCUGAGCUGCAACCCAGAGGAGGAGCAAGCCUCUGGGUGUCUGCCCAGAAGAGGUUCCAGCUUCUCAGCACUGCUGCCAGGCCAAGAGGAGGAGGAAGGUGGGAGCAGUGCAGCUGCAGGAGAGGCAGAGAGGGGAGUCAGUGUGGUUGUGCCACCUUAGUCCUGGAGCACCAAAGGUGGCUGGUGAGAGGGGCAGGGAAUGAUGUGGAUGGAAACCACUCCAGAGCCAGGCAGGGCCAGCCCCAGCCCCAAGGCCUCCUCUCCUUUGGGCCACUCUGGGGUCCUGUGAUGUCUCUCUGCUGGUGUGGGAGCAGCCACACCUGCUGUCCCCAGCAAGGGACCAGGCUCCUGCCUGCCCAGCCAAUAAAGCACCCAGGAUCUCUGCA